GCUCCCUGCAGCCCUGCCCUUCUGUUCUAGCACAUUGAGUUAAUCCCCGGGCCCGCCUCCCAUAGCUUUAACCUGUUGGUGUUCGAGUAGCAGGAUGUGAGAGGGAUGCCGGCCGGAGCUUGCGGGGUUCUCCCGGUGCCUGAGUGAGAUGGGGGUGGAUAGGGGUUCGGCCGGGAGGCUUCUGGAGUCUGUUCGCUGCUAAAACUCUGCCCAGGCUCUGCUCAUGUGCCCGGGGCUUCCAGGAUGGAGGAGCGUCUGAGAGAUUCAAACUAUGCAAGUGGCACCCGGAUUCCACUCUCGCUUGAUGGGUCGGCUUCACAGUCGAAAGGUCCAUCACUUUCCAAACCGACAGUUUUAUCUUGGCAAGCUGCCAUCGAUGCUGCAAGACAAGCCAAGGCUGCCCAAAGUAUGAGCACCACUGAACCCUUGCCAGUCGGAUCCCUAUCCCAGAAAAAACGGCAGCAAUAUGCGAAGAGCAAAAAACAAGGAGGAAGCUCCACCAACAACAGACCAACCCGUGCCCUAUUCUGCCUGUCUCUCAAUAACCCCAUACGGAGAGCCUGCAUCAGCAUAGUGGAAUGGAAACCAUUUGACAUAUUUAUACUAGUGGCUAUUUUUGCCAAUUGUGUGGCCUUAGCUGUUUAUAUUCCAUUUCCUGAAGAUGAUUCCAAUUCAACAAACCACAACCUGGAAACAGUAGAAUAUGCCUUCCUCAUUGUCUUUACAAUCGAAACCUUUUUGAAGAUCGUGGCGUACGGAUUAGUGAUGCACCCCAACGCGUAUGUGCGCAACGGGUGGAACCUGCUGGAUUUUGUCAUCGUGAUCGUGGGAUUGUUUAGUGUAGCGCUGGAACAACUAACAACCAAAGAAGCGGAAGGAGAAAACCAUUCAAGUGGCAAAUCGGGGGGCUUCGAUGUCAAGGCCCUGCGAGCCUUCCGUGUGCUGCGACCCCUUCGUUUGGUCUCCGGUGUCCCCAGUUUACAGGUGGUGUUGAACUCUAUUAUUAAAGCCAUGGUCCCGCUCCUUCACAUCGCCCUCCUGGUCUUAUUCGUUAUCAUCAUUUACGCCAUUAUUGGCCUCGAGCUUUUUGUGGGAAAAAUGCACAAGUCCUGUUAUUUCAUUGGCACUGAUUUACUCUCUGAAGAAGAGUCAGCACCAUGUGCGUUCUCAGGGAAUGGCCGCGUGUGUCCAGUUAAUGUUUCUGAAUGUCGGACUGGAUGGGCCGGACCUAACGGGGGAAUCACCAACUUCGACAACUUUGCCUUUGCCAUGCUGACCGUGUUCCAGUGUAUCACUAUGGAGGGAUGGACAGAUGUGCUCUACUGGGUUAAUGACGCCAUAGGAUGUGAAUGGCCAUGGGUCUAUUUUGUUAGUCUUAUUAUCCUGGGCUCAUUUUUCGUUCUUAACCUCGUUCUUGGUGUACUUAGUGGAGAAUUCUCCAAGGAGAGGGAGAAAGCCAAAGCCAGAGGCGACUUCCAAAAACUCCGUGAGAAGCAGCAACUGGAAGAGGAUCUCAAGGGUUAUCUGGACUGGAUCACUCAAGCUGAAGAUAUCGACCCCGAGAAUGAGGAAGAGGGGGAUGAGGAGGUCAAACGCAACACGAGUAUGCCAACCAGCGAGACUGAAUCUGUCAACACAGAAAAUGUUGCCGGCGAGGGGGAGAACGCCGGUUGCUGCGGCAGCAUGUGUCAGUCGGUUUCCAAGUCCAAGUGCAGUCGGCGCUGGCGUCGAUGGAACCGAUUCAACCGCAGAAGAUGCAGAGCCGCCGUGAAGUCGGUCACAUUUUAUUGGCUUGUUAUUAUUCUGGUCUUUCUGAACACGCUGACCAUCUCGUCUGAGCAUUAUAACCAACCCGAUUGGCUGACGCAGAUCCAAGACAUAGCGAACAAGGUGCUGCUGGCGUGUUUCACCUGCGAGAUGUUGGUGAAGAUGUACAGCCUUGGCCUCCAGGCCUACUUUGUCUCCCUGUUUAAUCGCUUCGACUGCUUUGUGGUGUGCGGGGGGAUCACAGAGACCAUCCUGGUGGAGCUGGAGAUCAUGUCGCCCCUGGGGAUCUCAGUGUUUCGCUGCGUUCGACUGCUUAGGAUCUUUAAAGUGACCAGGCACUGGGCUUCCCUCAGCAACCUCGUGGCCUCACUGUUAAACUCCAUGAAAUCCAUCGCUUCCUUACUGCUCCUGCUCUUCCUCUUCAUCAUCAUCUUCUCGCUGCUCGGAAUGCAACUUUUUGGGGGCAAGUUUAAUUUUGAUGAAACACAGACCAAGAGAAGCACAUUCGAUAAUUUCCCCCAGGCCCUUCUCACAGUGUUCCAGAUCCUGACAGGUGAGGACUGGAACGCAGUUAUGUACGAUGGCAUCAUGGCGUACGGAGGGCCCUCGUCAUCAGGAAUGAUUGUCUGCGUCUAUUUCAUCAUACUCUUUAUUUGCGGGAACUAUAUCUUGUUAAAUGUCUUCUUGGCCAUCGCUGUGGAUAAUUUGGCAGAUGCAGAAAGUCUGAACACUGCGCAGAAGGAGGCGGCCGAGGAGAAGGAGAAAAAGAAAAGUGCAAGGAAAGAAAGUCUGGGGAACAAAGAUGAGAAAUCAGAAAAUGAUCAGAAAAAAACAGCAGAUUCAAAGGUUUCUGUUGAUGAGGAAAAUGAAGAGGAAACUGAGUGUCACAUGCCGGAUGAGGAAGAUGAACCAGAACUACCCAGUGGCCCUCGUCCUCGGCGCAUGUCUGAGCUGAAACAGGAGAAGAUCACCCCAAUUCCAGAAGGGAGCGCCUUCUUCAUCUUCAGCAACACCAACCCGAUCCGGGUGGGGUGCCACAAGCUCAUCAACCAUCACAUCUUCACCAACCUGAUUUUAGUUUUCAUCAUGCUGAGCAGCGUGUCCCUGGCAGCCGAGGAUCCCAUUAGCAGUCACUCCUUUAGGAACAUAAUUCUUGGUUACUUUGACUAUGCUUUCACAGGCAUCUUUACCGUUGAAAUCUUCCUGAAGAUGAUGACAUUCGGGGCAUUUCUCCACAAAGGCUCUUUCUGCCGAAAUUACUUUAAUUUGCUGGACUUGCUGGUCGUGGGGGUUUCCCUGGUGUCCUUUGGUAUCCAAUCCAGCGCCAUUUCCGUGGUGAAGAUUCUGCGUGUCCUGCGAGUGCUCAGACCCCUGAGAGCCAUCAAUAGAGCCAAAGGCCUCAAGCACGUAGUUCAGUGUGUGUUUGUCGCUAUCCGGACAAUCGGGAAUAUCAUGAUCGUCACCACAUUGCUGCAGUUUAUGUUUGCCUGUAUUGGAGUGCAGUUGUUUAAGGGGAAGUUUUAUCGCUGUUCAGAUGAAGCAAAACAGACGCCAGUGGAGUGCAAGGGAAAAUACAUUAUUUACAAGGACGGAGACGUUAACAACCCGGCCAUCCGAGAGCGAGCGUGGCACAACAGCGACUUCAACUUCGACAACGUGCUCUCCGCCAUGAUGGCUCUCUUUACCGUUUCCACCUUUGAAGGAUGGCCGGCGCUCCUCUAUAAAGCCAUCGACUCCAACGGGGAAAAUGUGGGUCCCAUCUACAACAACAGAGUGGAGAUCUCCAUCUUCUUCAUCAUCUACAUCAUCAUCGUUGCCUUCUUCAUGAUGAACAUCUUCGUGGGUUUUGUCAUCGUCACAUUUCAGGAACAGGGAGAAAAGGAGUAUAAGAACUGUGAGCUGGAUAAAAACCAGCGUCAGUGUGUAGAAUACGCUUUAAAAGCUCGACCUUUGCGGAGAUACAUCCCAAAAAACCCUUAUCAGUAUAAAUUCUGGUAUGUGGUCAACUCGACUGGCUUUGAAUACAUCAUGUUCGUUCUUAUUAUGCUCAACACCCUGUGCUUGGCUAUGCAGCAUUACGGACAGUCGGACAUAUUUAAUGAUGUUAUGGAUGUGAUGAACAUGGUCUUCACGGCUGUAUUUACUGUAGAAAUGGUUUUGAAACUCAUUGCUUUCAAACCUAAGCACUAUUUCACUGAUGCAUGGAACACUUUUGAUGCCUUAAUUGUUGUGGGUAGCGUUGUUGAUAUUGCCAUUACAGAAGUUAACGCACCAGAAAUUGACCCAACUGGGCCACCAACGGUAGAGCCAACUGAACUGUCCCCGACUGGGGAUCCAGCGAGCUCGGAAGACAGCGCCAGGAUCUCCAUCACAUUUUUCCGACUGUUCCGCGUGAUGCGAUUGGUCAAAUUGCUGAGUCGGGGCGAAGGGAUCCGGACCUUGUUAUGGACCUUCAUAAAGUCAUUUCAGGCGCUGCCAUACGUCGCAUUACUCAUCGCAAUGCUCUUCUUUAUCUACGCAGUGAUCGGCAUGCAGGUUUUUGGAAAGAUCGCAAUGCGGGACAACACCCAAAUCAACAGGAACAACAACUUCCAGACUUUCUUUCAGGCAGUUUUACUUUUAUUCAGGUGUGCGACGGGGGAGGCCUGGCAGGACAUCAUGUUGGCGUGUUUGCCCGGGAAACUCUGUGACUCCGAUUCCGACUAUAACCCGGGCGAGGAGAACACGUGCGGCAGUUACUUUGCGAUUCCCUAUUUCAUCACAUUCUACAUGCUCUGCGCCUUCCUGAUCAUCAACCUUUUUGUUGCGGUUAUUAUGGACAACUUUGAUUACCUGACACGGGAUUGGUCGAUACUGGGGCCCCAUCACUUGGACGAGUUUAAAAGGAUUUGGUCGGAGUACGACCCGGAAGCCAAGGGGCGGAUAAAACACCUUGAUGUGGUCACUUUACUAAGGCGCAUUCAGCCUCCAUUAGGGUUCGGCAAAUUAUGUCCCCACAGAGUGGCAUGUAAGCGCCUGGUUGCUAUGAACAUGCCUCUGAAUAGCGACGGCACAGUGAUGUUCAACGCUACUCUCUUUGCUUUGGUCAGAACCGCCCUGAAGAUCAAAACCGAAGGCAACCUGGAGCAGGCCAAUGAGGAGCUCCGGGCUGUGAUUAAGAAGAUCUGGAAGAAGACGAGUAUGAAGCUUUUGGACCAAGUUGUCCCUCCUGCAGGCGAUGAUGAGGUAACCGUGGGGAAGUUCUAUGCCACCUUCCUGAUACAGGACUACUUUAGGAAAUUCAAGAAGCGCAAAGAACAAGGAUUGGUGGGCAAAUACCCAGGGAAGAACACCACAGUAGCGUUACAGGCCGGACUGAGAACUCUACAUGAUAUUGGACCUGAAAUCCGCCGAGCAAUCUCAUGUGACCUCCAGGAUGAGGAGCCGGAGCAGAACAAUCACUUGGAGGAAGAGGAAGAUAUAUACAGAAGAAACGGGGGGCUGUUUGGAAACCACGUCAAUCACAUGACCUCCGACAGAAGCGACUCCUCCCAGCAGACCAACACCACCCGGCGGCCGCUCCAUGUCCAGAGACCCUCCGACCAUUCCACGAGUGAUACGGACAAGUCCAAUUACUCACAUACCGGCAAUUCUGUGCAACACAACUACCACAAGCACCCGGGGAAAGUCGUGUCCAACUCCACCAAUGCCAAUCUCAACAAUGCCAACGUCUCCAAACCCCCCAAUGGCAAGAACUCCGGCCUCUCCACCCACCAGCACCCGUCUGAGAAUGGCGGCUACUCCCACCCCGGGAACGACCACGAAAAAAACAGGAAAUCGAGUAUUAAAAGGACUCGCUAUUAUGAAUCUCAUAUUAGGUCUGAGUCCGGAGAGAGGAACGUGCCAGUUAUCUUCCGUGAAGAUCCCGACUUUCCAGACUACGGAGAAGACCCGUACAUGGAUGAAGCGGAAUAUUACAGCGGGGAUGAGUAUUAUGAGGAGGACAGAAUGCUGUCGGGGAACAGGCAAAUGUAUGAGGAGCCGGCGCUGUACCAGGCGAAUGAUCUGGACCACGAGAGACCCCAGGGAUAUCACCACCCGCAUAGUUGUUUUGAAGAGGAAGAUUCCCAGAUAUACUACGAAUCCCGACGAUCACCAAGGAGACGGCUACUCCCCGCGACCCCUCCAUCAAACAGAAGAUCGUCCUUUAAUUUCGAAUGUCUGCGCCGACAGAGCAGCCAAGAUGAAGUCCCGAUGUCUCCGCCGUUGCACCAACGCACUGCUUUGCCCUUACACCUGAUGCAGCAACAGAUCAUGGCAGUGGCAGGUUUAGAUUCCAGCAAAGCCCAGAAGCAUUCUCCGUGUCGCUCUACAAGAUCAUGGGCCACGCCCCCAGGCACCCCAAACAACAGGGACCGCACCCCUUUCUACACCCCCCUCAUCCGCGUCGACCGAGCUGAAUCCAAGGAGCAGAUGAACGGCAGCCUCCCCUCCCUGCAGAGAAGCUCCUGGUACACGGACGAUAGUGACGCCUCAUACCGGACAUUUGCCCCCUCCAGUCUGACCGUGCCCAGCGACGGCCACAACAAACUCGGCGACAAGCAGAGAAGCGCAGACAGUCUCGUAGAAGCGGUUCUUAUUUCCGAAGGCCUAGGACGUUACGCCAAGGACCCCAAGUUUGUAUCGGCCACAAAACAUGAGAUCGCAGACGCUUGUGACAUGACUAUCGACGAGAUGGAAAGCGCAGCGAGCAACCUCCUCAACGGCAGCAUCCGCAACGGGUCAGCAGGGGGCGAAAUGUUUCCUAUACUAAGCAGGACAGACUAUGAACUUCAGGAAUAUGGGCCGGGCUACAGUGAUGAAGAGCCAGAACCUAGUAGAUAUGAAGAAGACUUAGCCGAUGAGAUGAUCUGUAUCACAACGUUAUAGUAUUGACUGAAAUGGUUUUGGGAUUGUUUCACUCCAGGAAGUGCCUGACAAUCAGCUGACGCUCGGCACUGAAGACUCCAUGUUGUCCCACCUGGAAGAAGCUGUUGGCUUGGUGAGGACACGGGGAUCAAAAGCACCAAUGGAAGGUCACCAGAUCCUCAUUCCAUCCUGGCUGUGAAUUUCAAGGCUUGAGGUUGGAAGGGAGUGAGGUGGGGUUUGAGGAUUGCGGCUGUACAAUAUACCCCAGGGAUGAAUGAAGCGGCAUGAGAAGGGAUCAGUGAAAUUUGGUGAUGACAAUCAAAAUGUUGUUACCACUGCCAUAAAUAUCAUAUCAGGAACCUCACCAAAUCCACUCAAGAGAGCGAGAGAGAGAGAGAGGUCUUGGGCACAUUGCAAUGCAACUGUUGAGUGUCGGGUGUUGGGGCGUCAGGAGGUCAGAGAGCGCAGGAAUGUUGGGUCUCCUCACCCAUAGGGCAGCUACUGUACACUUGCACCAUGAGCAAUCAAACCCCAUGGUGAAUCCUCGGCCUGGAACUGGGGUCUCCAACUGAUAUUGAGCAUCUACACUAGGAAUCAAAAGCUCCAUUCAGGAUGGUUCCUUCCGGGGAAUAUAUUACUAUAGCAACGAUACUAUUUGCAUAGUCUUCAUUGUCUUCUGCCGCUCAAAGAGUCUCCAUUAGGGCAAAUCUUUUAUAAAAAACACUGGAAUAACCGCACUUGGAACGGGUGAACUCUAUUAGUCGCUAAGGGCCGCCCUCGAUUCCUGUACAGACGACACUUUGUAUUUGUAAAGAGAUGUUCUAUAUUUUGUAAUCCACGUGUCGUUUCAGGGACCUUGAGCAAUAUUUAUGGGUUCUCAUGUCGUAUUGAGAAAAAAAAUUCAAAAAGAUUAUUUUUUUUGUUUAUUCUGGAAAUUCUAGGGGGUUGGGGGGGGGGGAACGUCCCGGGUUUCCGAUCAGAGGGAGGCGCGUCGCUAAAGAUUUUGUAAGAGAAAUAUUUUAUGUCUAAUGAUCUUUCCAGAUAUGCAAAUAUUACAGAUAAUGAUUAAUGAAUUAUUAACGAGUGCUUUUUUUUAUUUGCCAGUUAGCUGUGAAACUUUCUAAUUUUACCAAAAAAAUGAUUUUAUUGAAAUUCACUGAUUCACUGAUUUUUUUAAUUCUACGUUUUCCUGAAAAGUUAAAUAUAUAUAAGAAAUGUCAUGUUUCCUUCACUAGAGGAGCCGGUAUUUUUGCAUAUCUAACGGAGAUUUUACUUCUAACAUUCCAGUCGGGCGGUACAAACGUCCUUAUGUACGUAAGGUGCAACCGCCAUCCACCAGAGGUGUGCGCUAAUGGCCCUUGAGGUUUGGAUAAUUCGGAAAUAAUUAUUUGUUUUCCUAAAAGUUCAAUAAAAACAUAAAACCCAUCACUUCACUGAUAUGUUUAAGGGCUCGCACCCACAACAUGUCUUUAUGGAUCAAUAUGAUUGGUCAAAUAUCAUCUGUAAUAUUCAUUGGGGAGGGGCUCACGCUGCUGGUCCUAAAGACUUGAAAUGGGGCUGUAGCAAUUCUGCUUCUUCUGCUGCUCUGACAGGAUCCCCUGGAGACAGUAGGACAAGAUGGAGACAGCAGGGCAAGAAAGACACAGUGGGGCAAGAUGGAGACAGUAGGACAAG